AUGCAGCAAGAGGAAGAGUAAUAUUCAUGUUUAGAAGAAUUCUUUAUUGAUAGUUGCAGAUUUGGGUAAGUAUUUAUUCAUUUUUAGAGAUUAUGAAGAUGCAAUUGGUUGUUUUGAAGAUAAUGUUGAUUUAUUUUGGAUUGACAUUAAUUAAAAUAAUUGCAUUCGUAUAUUUGAUACAAUUUAAUAUAGAUAUGGUAUCAGCUAAUGGUCAUUUAUCUAUUCUUGAAUAAAUCAUCUAGUAUUCUAAAAAAAUAAAUAUUGAUUUGUAUAAAUUAAUAAAUCAUUAAAAUCAAUAUGGUUGUACUCCUCUACGUAAAUAUAUCAAUUUUACAUAGAUUGGGCUGUAUUCAAUAAUUAAUUAGCAAUUAUUCCAGUAUUAUUAUAGAAUGGAGCAGAUAUUAAAAUAAAAAACUUAAAUGGAUUAACAUGUAUUGAAGAAGCUAUAUAACUAGAUAAAACAGAUGUUAUAGUAAGUCAUUCAAUUAUUCUUAGGAAUUAUUAUCAAAAAAUAUAUCUUUAACAGAAGAUUAAUAAUAGACCUUUAAUGAAACGACUGAUAUAAUAGAAUAGGAAGAAGAAGAUUAGGUUGAAUGA